CGUUUUUCUGCAUCAAUCGCACUCUAAACUGCAGAGUAGAAACGCUCAGUGGUCACACACAUUUUCUCAACAAAUCUCAUCAUGUCCGGUCGUGGCAAGGGUGGAAAGGUGAAGGGAAAGGCAAAGUCUCGAUCCAGCCGUGCAGGACUCCAGUUCCCGGUGGGUCGUAUCCAUCGUCUUUUGAGGAAGGGCAACUACGCCGAACGAGUGGGUGCGGGUGCCCCCGUUUACUUGGCUGCCGUCAUGGAGUACUUGGCCGCUGAAGUUCUCGAGUUGGCCGGAAACGCUGCCCGAGACAACAAAAAGACCAGGAUCAUCCCCCGUCAUCUUCAACUCGCCAUCCGAAAUGACGAGGAAUUGAACAAGCUGCUCUCCGGGGUCACCAUCGCUCAGGGAGGCGUCCUUCCCAACAUCCAGGCCGUCCUCCUCCCCAAGAAGACUGAGAAAAAGAGUGCUUAAUAAGUAUUCUCCAGAGUUUAUGGUUUUAUUUUGCACACAAAUAACCACAUCUCAAUCUACCUGACAUCAUCGCAGGCGAAGAAGAAGAUACGUCAGCCACUCCAGUCAUCGGAUGAUUAUAUGCAAAAAUUAAGUUGAAACCAACGGCCCUUUUAAGGGCCACCACAUUUUCCAAAGAGCAAAAUCCUGAUGAAAAAUGCUUUUUUGUAUACCUAUAUCACAUGAAUUAAACUUGUGUAAACGUGUUAUGUUAUGUUAUUUAGAGAACAACUUCUUAUUGGAGUAUAGAGUGCAAUGUCUCGUGCUUGCAUGAAGUGAUCUAUAAAAGUACAAAUAAUUUAUUUACCCUGAAACGUACAGUACUGGAAUUUUGUUACAAUAAAUGUAUUCUCAAGUCCA